AUGGCGACGGCGAAUCAUUCUGAUGAGGAAAUCAGUUCUAUAACUUCAGCAGAAUCGGAUUUCUCUGAUGUGUCAGACAAUGACCAACAAUCUGAGGACGAUUUGGGGACAGAUUAUCAGGUUAAUGACAAGGAGCCCUGUAAGUAUUACAACAGAGGCCGUUGUAAGAAUGGAAAUCAAUGCACGUACCUGCACGCUUGCAAAUAUUAUCUGAAAGGAAACUGUCGAUAUGGAUCCGAUUGCAAGCUAAGUCACUCGGUUGGUAACGGGGCGAGAAGCAGGAUGGACCAACCAAGAGAGAGCACACCAAUACUUACUGAUGGUCGAUACUAUCAGUGGCAGUUAAAUGAUGGAAAGGGAUGGAAGGAUGUUAUAAACGAUCAUAUCAUUGAGGCCCAGUACUCACUUCCCCACAGAAAAAGCAUCAAAAUCUACAAUACACAGUAUGGGGCGGUGAGUAUAGAUUUUAACAAGAUCAAAGUGUUCGGAAAGAGACUGCAAGUGAGGCGUUUGGAUGAUGGAAACACUGAGUGGAUCUGGUACUGCAACUUGGGGCGUAAGUGGAUCAAGUAUGGGGACAAGGAUUCCCAGGGAAACACCAGUUCUGUGAAGAGCUCUGACAUAGAACAGAAGUUCCAGAAUAACCCUACAAGCUCUUAUACUUUCAGCACUGGUGGUGAAACCUUUGAGAUUAGAUUCACAGAAAUGCAACAGGUGGGUAAAAACAAAAAGAUGAGAGUCACUCGGCGGCCGCUGUUUAGACCGCAACCAGGCGGGGCCAGAGCCGUUCAGACCGCUUCAGCCUUACAGAGAGCUUCUUUGGGCUCCAAACCACAAUGGCAGUUUGAAGGAGACAGUGGAAAAUGGCAUGAGUUCAGAAGAAGGCAGGGUGGCACUUCGACUGAGUGCUCCAUAACAAGUGACGACAUAGAGAGGAAAUACCAGCAAAACCAAAGAGACACUAUGACGUUCCAAGUGAAUGGGCAAUCCUACAAGUUGGACUUUGGGGCAAUGAUCCAGACCAACCUGAGUAGCAAGCACAGACGCCGAAUACGGCGUGUGCUGGUGUGA